AAUCUUCUUUGGAAGCUCUUAGGCACCUGAGAUCUGGACCAUGGAAGCUACAUGGCUUCUGAUCUUCCUCUCUCUCUGCGGUUUUUGUUGCUGCACGGAUGAUCGCAGAGUAUUUUUGGUGCUAGAUGUCGCGCGUCUAGACAUCCGGCAGGUGAAUAUAGAAAAGAAGAGAUCAGGCGAGGUUGAACAGAUCAAAUUUGAGCCGAAAGAAGGCGUUAUUAUAGCUUCUGUAACCUACAAGAGGCAGAAUCUCUGGAUUGGGAAGAACGGAGAGACGUUUUCUUCUGCGAUAUCCUAUUCAAAGGAUGGACAUCUUCCACUCUUAUUUCUUAACAUAAGAGAUAAGGGAUCCUCGCGUAACAGUUACUUUGCCCGGUAUAAUGAUCUAUGGAAGCCAAUAAGUAAGGAAGACUUUGGGGAGAAGCGCAAGCGGAUGGUGAAUGGAUUACCCUCAGAUUAUAUAUCUGCGGCUUCAUUUGCCAUACCAUUGGAUCUUACAGCUCUAGAUUUUGAACAUGUAGUAUUGUCCAAGGGAGUCAUCGAUGGAGUCACCUAUGUAGCUUACUUUGCGGAUAGCAAAGCCGUCUUUACUAGUGUUGUAUUAAAAACUGGAGAAGUAUGGUUUGGAGAUGCUGGACAGGAAUGUACAAAUGUUUCGAUAUACUUCAGGAAGAAGCUACCAGCACUAAUAUCUUUGCAAAUUAGUUACUGUGGAGAACCAGCUCUUGAAUAUUUUGCACCUGCUAAUGGCACUUGGCUAAAGAUAAGUCAUGAAGAGUUUAACGAAAAGUUUGAAAACUUAAAGGAUGCUUCAAAGGGAUACGAUGUAUAUUCUAAGUCUGCAUACACUCCAAUUCAAGUCGAAUUGGAUUUGGCUAAUGUGCAACUAAAUAAGAUAAAGGUACAAGAAAAAAAGUCCGGAACUGUGAAUUUAAAGUUUUUUUCUGUAGACAGUGCCUACUCUUUAGGGAGAGUUUGUUCCGGUAAAUCAACAAUUUGGAAGCCUGAAUCCGAUGAAGAAUGUCGGUGCGUUGUUUUAUUUUCAAAGAAGGGUUAUCCACCUAUUUUGGCUUUAAGCUACGAGACUAUUGAGGAGAUUGUGGUAGAAUAUUUUGAAAAAAAGGGUAGGAAAUGGAUUAAUAUCCAAAGAAAGGGUUUUAAUGAAAAAAUCGAAAAAAUGAGGGAAGGGGAACCAUCACUCACACAUGGUAAAGCCCUCCGCGGUUAUGAUUCUUUUUAUAUUAUGGACAUAAACUCUCUAUGUAAUAACAAUUUACAAGUUGUCAGACCCUCCGCUGAAAGUCCGUACCUGGUCAUACACCCACUCCCAGGGACGACAGUAACCGAAGUUGUGGAAGGUGAAGUGAAGAUAUGGAAACGCAAGGAUUCUGAAGAUUGCUUUUCUGCUUCAUUUAUGGUCAUGGAUGGAGAUCCAAAACUUGCAAAACUCAUGAUAAGAGAUGGUUCCAGACUAUUCACGUUAUAUUUUAAAAGGGAAGAUCUCUGGGUUAAAAUCACUGCAAGGGAAUAUAAUUCUAAUACUCGCAAUGUCAAGGAAGAAUAUGAGAUCGACGAUUAUGACGAUGAAGAAGAUUCUUUCUUUACAGUUUCACACACACUUUUGAUACUCACACUCACUUGUAUAGUAUUUCUUUAA